CAAAAUGGUAUAGAACUUAUCGAUUCAGUUUUACUCCUACCUGUCUACGAGAGAUGUUAUACCAAUCCUGUACCUGAAGUAACGUGAUUAUUAUGCGCAGAAUCUUCUCUCCGUGGCUGUUUCCCGAUUUGAUGUUCGCAUUAUCUCCAACAAAUAGAAAGCAAACUAAGUUGUUAAAGAUAUUACAUGGAUUUACUGAAAAAAUCAUUAAGGAAAGAAAACUUUAUCACGAACGCACAGAGGAUCGGUAUUUAAAAAACACUGAAAGUAACACAUUGACAGAAACAGAUGACGCAGAAGUGAUCGGAAUUCGUAAAAAGCGACUCGCUAUGUUGGAUCUUCUAAUAGCGGCAUCUCGAGAAAAUGACAUAACCGAUUUGGACAUCAGAGAGGAAGUUGACACCUUCAUGUUCGAGGGUCACGAUACUACGGCAAUGGGUGUGUGUUUUGCUUUACUAUUAUUAGCUGAGCACAAGGAUAUUCAGGAUCGUGUCAGAACUGAAGUUAAUGAUGUGAUGGAAGAAACUAAAGGAAAUUUGACUAUGGCGUCUUUACAAAAGCUACCGUACUUAGAGAGAUGCUUGAAAGAAGCGCUGCGAUUAUAUCCCAGUGUGCCUAACGUAUCACGCACUCUUGCAGAAGAUAUAAAAUGUCAGUCGUACAUAGUGCCGGCUAAUGUAUACGUGAAUAUUGAUAUCUACGCCGUCCACAGAGAUCCUAAUUUCUGGCCGAAUCCGGAUGUAUUCGAUCCGGAUCGAUUUUUGCCCGACCAAAUGCAAAAUCGUCAUCCUUAUUGCUACAUACCGUUUAGUGCGGGACCGCGAAAUUGCAUAGGUCAACGGUUCGCUAUGUACGAAUUGAAAGCUAUGAUCGCACCUCUGGUACAUCACUUUUACCUGGAGCCUGUUGAUUACUUGAGAAAUGUUCAGUUAAAGAUGGAUAUGGUAACUCGUCCUGCUCAUCCAGUUCGUGUAAAAUUUGUGCCGAUCAAAAAAAAACAAUGAAGUUAAAAUAAAAAUAGAAAUGAUAUAGCAAGAGGUUAUGGGAAACGCUUGUGUUUUACUAACAAAGUACAUUAAUGUAUUUGCAAAACGUUAUAUUAUUUUUUUACAUAUUUUUCCUGGCAAAAAAGUCCUACAUAUACAGACAAUUUUGAUAUCUAUUUACAUACACUUAUGUACGAGACUGAAUAUAUAGUCUCAUAUAUAAUUAUAUCGAUUGCAUAAUUGCGUAUAUAAGUAUGCAUAAUCAGAUAAAAAAGUUGUCUACAUAUAAAAUACUUUUUUUUCUAUAUAGUUUCAAAGCGAGAAUGUCAAAGAGCAAAGUUACGUUAUACUGUAUGCAACAAAGCAAUUACUUUAUGAAUUAUAGUUUAAGAAGUAACCAGAUGUAAUGAUUUAUAUAAAGUGUACUUAUCUAAAAAUAAUUAAAAUACAAUUAUAGAAAUUA